AUGCCCAGCUCAUGUCAGGAAUUGCGCGACGCGCUGGCUGCGUGCCUCCAGCAAUCCGACUGCGUCAUGGUGCACCGCAACUCGGCGGCCGACUGCCUCCGCGAACCCCUGGUCGACACGCUGCCCCUCGAGUGCCGGCAGCUCAAGAAGGGUUACGGCGAGUGCAAGCGCGGGCUGGUGGACAUGCGCAAGCGGUUCCGAGGAAACAUGCCUGUCACGUACCGGGCGCUCGAGUCGACCGAGGGCGCCGCCGGCAAGGGAUACCAGCUCUACGCCGGCAAGGCGGCCUUCGCCGGCGGCGUCAAGGAGACGAGCGGCAACGAGCCCAUACCCAAGGACUGGAGGGAUAUUGAGAAUGAGAACUACCAGGCCGAGCUUAUGCGGCAGCAGCAGGCGCAGCAACAGCAACAGAAUGGCUCAAAGUGA